GUGAGAAAGGGCAAUCACGACUAGGUUUUUGGGGAACAAAAUUAUGUUUGCAAGGGAUGCGGUUUCUAGAUUAGCUAAAAUACCGUGUAGUAUGAGCAUUAAAUAAACUGAAACGUUAACACAGGCAGUGGUGACUAUAAAUAAGCAACGGUAGUAUACGUGCGUCGUUCAGGACCUGCAAUCGUCGGGAUGGAUCAUAUACAGGGACCUGUUGUCAAAAUAGAAAAAAACACGUUUUAGCAUAAUGCUAAUUAUCAGUCUUAAGUUUGACAGCGACGGUGAAAAGAUGUUCGCUGUAUAAUGUCAAACCAGUCGACCCGCUAGCUUUUCCUCACCGUUUCUUGCUGUCCAAAGGCUGACAGCUGGGCUCGCUAGCUGGCUAGCCGAGGUCUUGUUUACCAUCAUGGACAGGGAGGCGUACCGUAACUGCUGCAGCCUGGUCAAAAUACCAAGACAGUCGUAUGAACAGUUUUGGUCUUCACAUUUUGUCGAUUAUAUCGACAAGGAGCUGAGCUAUUCGAAGUUUUUCAAGAAAUACUUGCUUCCCAAUCACCCAUGCAUGUUUUCAAGAAGGUUCACGGAGGACUGGAAGUGCAGAAAACAGUGGGUGUCUGAGGAGGGGAAACCUAAUUUCCAGAAAUUGCUGCAAGAGUUUGAUGAGACUCCUGUGCCUGUUGCCAACUGCAAUGCAAAGGAGUACAAUGCUAACCCUAAGCAAGUUAUGCCUUUCAAAGAAUUUAUACACUACUGGAAGGAAUACAUCCAGAAUGGACACUCAUCGCCUAAAGGAUGUCUCUAUCUUAAAGACUGGCACAUGUCGAGGGACUUUCCAGAACACAAUGUUUACACCACACCAGUCUUUUUUACUUCUGAUUGGCUUAAUGAAUACUGGGAUACACUUGAAGUGGAUGACUACCGCUUUGUCUACAUGGGACCCAAAGGCUCAUGGACCCCGUUCCAUGCUGAUGUGUUCCGCUCCUACAGUUGGUCUGCAAACAUCUGUGGCAGGAAGAAAUGGCUCCUGUAUCCUCCAGGUCAGGAGGAGUUUUUACGGGACACUCACGGAAACCUCCCUUAUGAUGUAACGUCAGCUGAACUUCAAGACAGAGGCCUUUUUCCACGCUCUGAAGAAGCCUGUCAACCUCUUGAAAUUAUUCAAGAGGCAGGGGAAAUCAUUUUCGUGCCCAGCGGCUGGCACCAUCAAGUUUAUAAUCUGGAGGACACCAUCUCUAUUAAUCAUAACUGGUUGAAUGGCUGCAACAUAGACAUCAUGUGGCAGUUCCUUCAGAAUGAGCUGUCGUCUGUUCAAAAAGAGAUAAAUGAGUGGAGAAACACGAUGGACUCGUGGCAUCAACACUGCCAGUCAUAUUUGCUUGUUACUUUUCAGGUCAUCAUGAAGGCAUGCUCUGGUAUUGACUAUGGAGAAUUUGCCUCGUUUCUGAAAAUCAUUGCAAGCAACCGGAUGACUUUCCUCAACGCUUGUUCCUCUGGGGAUUCCUCCGAUUACCCACGGCAUCUCUCAGAGACCCUCACCACACUUGGACCUUACCACGCUGCCUUUGACCUGCAAAGAGUGGCCCACAUAAUUGAAUGCCUUCUCUGCAAUGAAGACUUUAAGCGACUCGAUCAUUCAACUUUGACUUUGCAGCCAGAAACCAUGUUACAGCAAAUUCGGGACACUAUACAAUCCACAAGGGGGCAGCAUCUCCUUUAUCAGGAGUGAGAUGUUCAGUGGUGUCCCAGUAAUGUAAUGAUCACCUGGAAAUAGCUUGACCGCCAAUUUGUACGGUGCGAUAAAGGUGUCGCUAUGCCUUUUGUUUGAGAUGGACAGCAGUCUCAAGUGUUGCUUGUGGAUGUUUGGAAUUUUUUUUUGCACUGAAAUAGGAAAUGGAUAAAU